AGUGGUCGGCCGUGGGCUGGUGUGCUCUGCCUCUUCGUAACUUCCUUCUUUUUAAACCAUUGCCUUACAUUAAUUUUUUUUAACACCUUGGAGUGAGAUGUAACCAUUAUUCAGUGCCUAGAUAACGCGCGAGGAGCUCUGCAAAAAGAAUAUUGUGAAUCAUAAAAGUUUUGCAAAGUUGUCAAGGAUGAUUUGUUGCAAAAUAUCGUGAAAUCGUGUCGUUAUUACAUGUGAUGUGUGUAGAUUUUAUGCAGAUGAGCGGAAAAGAGUGCGAUUGAAAGCUUAGAAGGUGUCAGUGGACAUAGUGAAUGUAUCUGUGGUUAUAACGAAUAUUUCAAGUGAAGAGAAUCGCUUCAAUUGAAAAAAAAAAAAAAAAAAAAAAUCAUUCUUUCGUCGCAAUUCUCGGAGAAAAAGGAUAUUUAUAAGAAUAACCGUCAAGGAUUCCGAGCAAGGACGAUCCACACGCUUCAAUCCAAGACCCAGGAGAGGCGGAGGAGUCAGCCGGCAGGAGGAAGCAGUCUCAGCGGGUGAGCGGCGGGGCGGGCGGGGCGCCGCCAAGAGCCUCCGACGCGCCCUUGAGCCCAGCGGCGAAGCCCUCGGCCGAGGCGCCGCGAGCCGACUGCACUGAGUGAGUGCCCCGGGAGCGAGUGCCAGCCUUCACGCGGGGAUUUUAUAGUGAAUAGUGAAGUGUGUCGAUGAUGUGCAGUGAUGGUGAUGCGUGGUGAUGGUGGUGAUGGAGUGGACGCAUCCCUGUGAGGCCUUGUGUUCGGCUGCUUCUGUGUGACCUUUCGGGACGCUUACGAUGGCGGAGGGCGAGGACCCCGCCAACCUGGGAGGAGGAUACCCACGCCCAUACUCGCACGUGAUCCCCGCGACCUCCUACGCCCACGACAUGGCCUCCCACAGACUGUCAGACUCCAGGUUCUUCUUCUCGGAGAGGCGCCUGUCCCAGCUCUUCAAUGUGGACGCCUGGACUGAGGAGGGCGAGGAGGGCCAGGCCGACGAUUUCGCCGACGACGAGGACGCCGGCCAUGAUCCGCCACCCGAGCCCGCCCCUAGGGCCUCCUACUGCCCCCCGUCCCCAGGCACCCCGGGGGACGCGGUGCCGCAAGCGCCCUCUGAUGCGCCUUACUCGGGAGCGCGGCGCGAACCCUCCAUCUACUCCACGCUGAGCUCCGGCUGCCACCUGGACCCGAGGUUCUCCGCCGAGGUGGCGCUGGAUAUGGCCCGCCUCUCCACUCUGAGCGGAGGGUCGGGCCGCUUCAGCACGGGCCGCCUGGAGGACGAGGACGAGGACGGCUACGGCGGUGGCAACAACGGAGACGUGACGCCCACACCAGGGUCCCCUGGCUCCUGCCGGGGCUCGCACAGCGUGUCCUCCAGAUACUCGCAGCUGUCCACGCUGACGGACUCCUUGGCGUCGUCCGGCCACCAGUCGUCGCUGCCGUCCGUGCUGUCGGAGUUGGCGGGCGAGGUGGACGGCGUGGCGGAGCUGCUCACGGACGAGGACGAGACGAUGGGUCCGGGGCCCAUGGUGUGGGGCGGCGACGAGGUCGUCAACUGGCAGGAGCGGUGCCUGGAGCUGGAGCUGUCCCUGCAGCGGUUCCGCGACCAGGCCGGCAAGAUCCGGGAGCUCCUUAGAGAGAAGUUGGCUGAGUUGGAGCAGCGUGUGGUGGAGGCGGAGGCGCGCGCUGAGGAUGCUGAAGAGAAGGUGAGGGUCUCUUAG